AUGGCCAAAUUCGACGGCUUCGAGCCUCGACUCAGAUUUCUCAAGGAAGCAGCACACCUGCUCGCAAUUGCUUCUCCGACAACGUCCGCAACACUCGGUGCGGAGCGUGACAGGCUUUUACAAUCACAGGAAGCAGACAUCCGGGCCUCGAAGAAAGAAUGGGAUGCACACCGCCGCGAAGUUUGCGGCGCCUGCGGAAAUUUAAUGAUUCCUGGAUGGUCGUGUGAGGUUUCUUCACAGUCUCCCAGAAAGCAUGACAAGCAAAGCAAUCAGAACAAGUCAAAGCAAUUGAGAAGCCAGGAGAAAGCCAUGGUAUAUUCCUGCCUCCGAUGCCACCGCAAAACAACACAAAGCCUGCCGUCCCGGCCGCCAAUGCACCUUAAGAGAAAGUCUGAUUGGCCUCAAGAGUUAACGUCAUCAGUCGAAGCCAGGGAAUCCAGAACAGACUAUAGGAGCAAAAUAUUGAAAUCGGCCAAUGUGAGCAGUAAACAAAGAGCGAAGGCCCGCAAAGGUGGCCUCCAAGCAAUACUCGCAAAAAGCAAGGCGCAGAAUGCCGGACUGCAACAAGGUCUUGGGCUCGACCUGAUGGACUUCAUGCAGUGA